ACGCGAUUUCAUUGGAUUUCCUGUUUCCGGAAUUCCGCACGGACCGACUGGCUGUCGGCGAAUGAAAUAAACAAAGACGUACAAAUCAGACUUCAACACCUCUUCUCUUUACCUGCAAACAUGGACACUGGCCUGAGUCAUGAGAAAGUAUCUGGUUUUGUCAAGCGUUUCCGCUCGGAACCUCGAUAUCUGCUGGCCCAGAAUGUCUCAACCUGCAUCGACCCGUUAGAAGUGUGCCUGCACCGGCAGACGGUUCAGGACACAGUGCACAUCUUCCAGCACAGUAUCCCUACAGAAGGCAAACCUAUCACCAACCAGAAAAACUCAGGGAGAUGUUGGAUUUUCUCAUGCCUCAAUGUCAUGCGUCUUCCAUUUAUGAAGAAGUUUAACAUUGAAGAAUUUGAAUUCAGCCAGUCGUAUCUAUAUUUCUGGGAUAAGGUGGAGAGGUGCUACUACUUUCUUCAUGCGUGUGUGGAGACGGCUCAGCGGAAGGAACCAGUAGAUGGCAGAUUGGUUCAGUUUCUGUUAUCAAAUCCUACCAAUGAUGGUGGACAGUGGGAUAUGCUGGUUAACCUUAUUGAAAAAUAUGGUGUCAUUCCAAAGAAGAGUUUCCCUGAAUCUCACAGCUCUGAGGCGUCCCGUAGAAUGAACGAUAUCCUCAAUCACAAGUUGAGAGAGUAUUGUCUUAGCCUGAGGGACAUGGUGGCCAGUGGAGCCACUAAAAUCGAGCUGUCUGACACUAUAGACACCAUGAUUGAGGAGGUGUUUCGAGUGGUUUGUGUGUGUCUAGGCAGUCCUCCAGAAACCAUCUGUUGGGAAUACCGGGAUAAAGACAAGAACUUCCAUCGCUUGGACCCUCUGACACCUCUCGAGUUCUACACAAAACACGUCAAGCCCCUUUACAAUCUUCAGGACAAGGUUUGUUUGGUUAAUGACCCUCGGCCUCAGAACGCAUAUGGGAAGCUGUACAGUGUGGAGUUCUUGGGUAACAUGGUGAGCGGGCGCAGGACGCUGUAUAACAACCAGCCCAUCGAGCUGCUGAAGAAAGCUGCUGCAGAUUCCAUCAAGAGUGGAGAGGCUGUGUGGUUCGGCUGUGAUGUAGGCAAACAUUUCCAUAGCAAACUGGGCAUCAAUGACAUGAAAGUGUUUAACCAUGAGCUGGUGUUUGGCGUCUCUGUGAAAAACUUAUCUAAGGCGGAAAGAUUGAUUUACGGCGAUUCCCUGAUGACACACGCCAUGAUCCUGACAGCCGUCACUGACAAGGACGUGAAGGAGGGAUGUUAUGAGAAGUGGCGUGUGGAGAACUCGUGGGGAGAUGACCGUGGGAAUAAAGGAUAUCUGAUCAUGACGGAUGAGUGGUUCUCUGAGUAUGUGUACGAGGUGGUUGUGGAUAAGAGUUUCCUCGCUGCUGAAGUGCUAGAGGUCGUGCAGCAGGACCCCAUUGUCCUCCCGGCUUGGGACCCCAUGGGAGCUCUUGCAUAGCCCACGCUUGGAGAACCAAUCCAAUCUCAGCCCGUUUUUCAUUGACUCCUCCUGAGCUGGUUUUACCCCUCCAUCAUCCCCCACAAAAUACUGUUCUAGAUUGAAAAAUAAACUUUUUGGUUUCUUUUUUUAUUAUCA